GACGAGCGUGUUUGAAGUGAAUGGCAAUCAGAUAACGAAGCAGAUUCGGUUCUUAGGGGUGAGGUUUGGUUCCUUUAAUUUCAGUGUAGAGUUUUACAGAUCAGUUUACCUUGUGCAACAUAAUUGGUCGCCCAAACGUGCGCCCAAAAGAGUCAGGUCAACUCUUAGGCUGCACAAAUUGGAUGAUAUUAGUGCUGAGUGGAGAAAUGCUGAUAUGCUCAUAUUCAAUUCUGGUCAGUGGUGGGUGCCUGAAAAGCUCUUUGGAACGUAAGUAUGCUCUCUUCUUCUUUUCUUAUUGAGGAUGCUAUUUUCAAGUUGGUCAUGCACUCAAACUUGGAAUGUCAAUUCCUCUAGCAUUCAGAACAGCUUUACAAACAUGGGCAAAUUGGGUUGAUACCACCAUUAACCCUAAUAGAACACGCGUAUUUUUUCGAACCUAUGAACCAUCUCACUGGAGGAAUCUAACACUGCGUGAAUGUGAAGUGCCAAACCAACCUCUUUUAGAGACUAGAGGACAGGACAACAGUUCAUUCUCUGAUGCCAUAUUCAGUGUCGUGAAGACGAUGACAAUUCCUGUUACUAUAAUGCAUAUCACUCCCAUGUCAGCAUUCAGGAGCGAUGCUCAUGUGGGCACUUGGGGUGACAAACCAUCACUAUCUGACUGUAGCCACUGGUGUCUACCUGGAGUGCCCGAUAUGUGGAAUGAAAUACUUCUAUCCUAUCUUCAUUCAACGCCCUCGUCUACUAUUUGGGAAAGGACGAUGAGUAAUUCUACCAUUGCAAGAUAGCAGCAAUUUUGCACAGAAAAUGUAUAGUUACAGAGAGAAUUUUGUCUGGGAAUUUGAUCUUUGUUUCAUACGUAGUAAUAGAUUUAUGAUGAAGAGUGAAAAAUGAUAAAUCCUUCAGGUUUCUCAUGAGCUUAACAUUGUCACAUCUCACUCGUGAUGGAAAGGAAACUGGUUUUUUCUUCAGUUCUUCAUCUACAUGCAUAUUCUGAUUUAGAACUUAAAUUUGAAGUAAUUUUC